CAGACGACAAACGUCACGUCAAUAAUCUGUGAAAAUUCCAUAAAAACAAACUAAAUAGUUGAUCAAGAUUAUAAUAUUAAAUCGAUUUGAUUGUAGAUACUAUUAAAGAGGUUUUCGGGUGAAGAUUGGUACAUAAUUCGGCGAGGUGACGAUGAGCGUCAUUAUUCGCCUGCAGAACCUGCCGUGGUCGGCAAAUGCACUGGAUAUAAGACAGUUUUUCCAUGGUCUAAGCAUACCUGAAGGUGGCGUCCACAUCGUAGGAGGAGAGUUAGGCGAUGCCUUUAUUGCCUUCAGUACCGACGAGGACGCCAGACAGGCAUUCAACCGCAACAAUGGCAAAAUCAAGGAGAUUCAAGUCAAACUCAUGCUCAGCUCCCGCACUGAAAUGCAACGGGUGAUCGAGGAGGCGAGGGCGCAGACCUACGCGGCUUUUAUGAACACCGCGCCCGCCCAAAUUCCCGCCGCCGUUCCUCCAAUACUACCCGCCGCCGUUCCCGAUUUUCGAUCUGACCGCGAUAAGGAUAGGGACUCGAAGCGCCGACGCUCAAGAUCUCGAUCGUGGGAGAGGAGUGAUAGGUCGAGGGACCGUUCUAGGGAGAGGGAUGGUAGACGGGAUCGCAAACAUAGAAGUAGAAGCAGGUCAAGGUCGAGGGAGAGGCGGGAGCGCAGAAGGCGGGAUAGGAGUAGGUCCAGGUCGAGGGAUCGGGAUCGUAGCGACAGGAGAAACAGCAGAGACCGCCAGGAGAGGUCGCAACCAAAUUAUAACAGAGGAGAUAAUAAACAGCCAUGGAGCAAUCAACAACAGGCUGAUAUGUUGACGCAGGCAGUCAAUCAGGGUCAGCCCGUUUUUUCGACAAUGACUGCCGAAGACCAAAGACAGAAAUUAAAUUUAAAUCAACUAGGAAACAAUAAACAGCCUGGUAACAAUUUUAAUGCAAACUUCAAUGGCAAUCAAACCCAACAGAAAAACAACUGGACUCCGAAUAAUUUCAGUAAUCCUAGUACUCAACGAACUUUCCUAACCAAGCCAGAGUUUAUGAGUGCAGAUAAUCCGAGGCCCUCUUUAAAUAAAAUAGGAGAAAAUCAGAAAAAUUUCUUCAACAGAAAUGACAACUUUGCCUCCAAAAAGAAGGGCCUAUUGAGCCGAAGCAGUUCUGACUCUGACUGUUGUGUAAAGUUGAACCCCUUUUUUGGCGGUUAUGGCGAUAUUAGAAGGUUCUUUCAAGGAUUGUUUAUUAGCAACAAAGGUAUUAAAUUAAUAAACGACGAGACGGGGCACAGAACUGGAUUGGCUUAUGUUAAGUUUGGACAUGCUCAGGGCAGAGCUGACGCUCUUUUAAAAGAUGGCAAAAUGAUGAAGGGAAUUCAGGUGGAAGUGAAGCCUUUGGAUGAUGAUGAGUUUGAAGAAGCUGUAGACAGAUACGUACCUGAAGGAAUGGAAAGCGAUAUAAUUCCAGACGAUGUCGAUGUUUAUCGAAACAACUGGUCGAAGGGUUACACAAAAUAUUUUAAUCAAUCAAAUGUUCCAGAAGAUUUUCGUUGUGUGGUGAUAGAUGACUUGCCUACUUAUUGCAAAGAACAAGAUAUACUUCACAUGUUUUCAAUGCAUGCAUUAACUUCGGUUAUUCUUACAACUAAGCCCAAGGGCGGCCACAUUGCAUACGCUCAAUUUAGUAAUAGGGAGGAAGCUCAAAAAGCUUUAGAAGAAGUAGAACAUCACGUAGUUAGCGGAAAGUCCGUUACAGUGAGACCCUGCUCCGAUGAGGAGUUCCAAAAAAUUAAUAAGCAACAUGACGUAGACAUUAGUGGGUUUAAAGUCAGUGUUCAGGACAUCGGAACUGAAUGUGUUAUUGUGUCCAAUCUGCCAAUAAAAACCAAUGACAGGGACGUAGCCGACUUUUUCUCUGACAUCGGUGUAACGCCAUUAAAAAUUAACUUUGUUCCUGGAUCAGCCGGAAAAGCGUGCUGUGAAUUCGAAACGUCUGAAGAAGCUACCAAGUCAAUUAAGAAAGAUAACACUAGUUUCGGUAAUACAAACGUGUCGGUUAAGCCAAUAAGCCGCAACGAAAUGAUGAAGCUCCUAGGAAUGAAUACGUCCACAUCGUCUGACCCAAAACCCCCCAAAAUAAUUCCCCCAAACAUGAACCAACAAAACAAUAGAAUGAAUAUUAACUUAAAUGAUGACCCAUCUAAGAGGCCUAUGCCGUUCAUGGAUAUGAAUCCUAGAAUGGAACGUCCCAAUUUCCACCCUAGGCCGUUUUUCAAUAGAAAUUUCAACGGUCCAAUGUUCAGGGGUGGACGAGGUGGUCCACGAUUCGGUCCAAGAGGCAUGGGACCGAGGUUCACCUUCAACCCUCCCCCACCCCGCAAUGACAUGAACGAUGACCAUCAGGCUCCGGAAGGAUGCACUGUCUAUAUGAACAAUGUUCCUUACAAAGCUGGUACCGGUGAAAUUUUAGAAUUUUUCGACGGUUUCGACAUCAUUAAUAACCAAGUUAGCAGAAGGUUUAAUCACAAUAACACGCCGAGUGCUGAAGCACGGGUGGUUUUUCGAAAUCCAGAUGAAGCAUACAGGGCCGUGCAGGAGAGAAACGGCGAAAAAAUAUGGGACAGAGCUAUAUUCUUAAAGCAAAGUUAAAGAUUGUUUGAUAUGCAUUUUUUAGAAAUAUCGUUUUUAGUUAUUUCCAUUUUGUAUAAAACAAUAGUAAUGUAUAAAUCUAGCAUAAGUUUAUUAAUUAAACGAGUAAGUUAUUGUUUAAAAUAACUUUAAAUUAUUUUAUUGUUUAUGACCAAGAAAAGAUAAGGCAAUAAAUGUCCAUUACUGUGCAAUCAAGCCAUAAUAUAUAAAUUUAAACUUUAUAUAAACACAAUACAUAUCCGAUUAUUGUUUGUCGCUCAAAUUAAAUUAUUAUGAAACCAUUUGACAUCAAUAUGUAUGUGUAAAUGGACUGAUUAUGAGCGUAAACGGCAAUCAAUAACAAACCUCUCAGUUGAAGUUUGUAAAUCCCAUCAAGAAAUAAAAUGUAGUUUUAAGUUUUAAUGGCAACUUAUAUUAGUCUUGCUGUAAGUGGCUGUCUAUAACAAUUGUUUGCAAACAAGAUGAUUUAUAAUUUGGAAUUCAAUAUUUCCAAGAUUAUUGUAUAAAUUUUUGCAUUCUACUAAAUUAGUAGGCCCUUUUUGUAUAAACCAUGGUGGUUAAGUAUUUGUAUAUUGGAUGCACACGAAAUAAAGCUUCUUUUAAUUAUG